GAAAUGUAGACAACGACAGAGCACAACAGGGAACAGGGACACAGCAGGUUCAAAUUUCAAGCUGCCGCAGCAAGUGGCUGCUCGGGGUUUUCCACCAAUAAACCCUACGACACUCGCGCAAGCUCCGAGAUCAGAAGCUCCUGCAGCUGCCGGAGUUCUGCCCUAAGAGCAGCACGUUCCGUUCGGUCGGAAGAGGAAUUGCAAUUCGGAGCCAGAGAGAAUUUGAGCUCGGAGACGAGGAAGAGCCGAAGGGGCCAAAUGGGUGGAAGAGGCAGGGGAGGGUAUCGGGGUGGAAACAAGAGAGGUCGCACCCAGAGGCGCGACUUCAAAGAUGGUCGCCCGAAUGUGUGGAAGAAAGCUCGUCCGGAGGGAGAGCCUGGUCCGGACGGUGAGCGAGGGUGGCAGCCAUUUGUCACAGAAAGUCAGGCUUAUGAUAAGUACUACAAGAAGCAGGGUGUUGUACCCCCUGAAGAAUGGGAUCUUUUUAUCGAAACUCUUCGGAAACCUCUUCCGACAUGCUUUCGUAUAAAUGGAAGUGGGCAGUUUGCACAAGAUAUCAGAGAUCAAAUGCAACAUGAUUUCUUUGAUUAUUUGAAAGAGGGCGUGGAGGUUGACGGGGAAAUGUUAGAACCUAUCAAGCCCCUCGAGUGGUACCCUGGCCAACUCGCUUGGACCUUAAGUUUUUCGAGGAUGCAACUUCGAAAGAUGCCAAUUUUGGAAAGGAUACAUGAGUUCCUGAAGCAAGAGAACGAGAUAGGGAGUAUAACCAGACAGGAGGCUGUAAGCAUGCUGCCGCCACUCUUUUUGAAAGUGGAAACUCAUCAUCGAGUUCUUGACAUGUGUGCAGCUCCUGGAUCCAAAACCUUUCAACUCUUGGAGAUGAUCCACAAGGACGACAAACCAGGAUGUUCUCCAGAAGGCCUGGUCAUUGCCAACGAUCUUGAUGUGCAACGGUGCCAUCUUCUCAUUCAUCAAACGAAGCGAAUGUGCAGUCCCAACAUACUGGUGACAAAUCAUGAAGCCCAGCACUUUCCAGGACUGAGGAAGAAAGGAAAAGAAUACGCUGCUUCGUUGAAGAGCGGGGAUGGAGUAACUGGUGAUGCAGCUGACGAGGAGAUGGGUCUGCUCUUUGAUCGAAUAUUGUGCGACGUCCCCUGUAGCGGUGAUGGAACCAUACGAAAGGCUCCUGACAUCUGGAAGAAGUGGCAUUGCGGAUUGGGCAAUGGCAUUCAUACCUUGCAGAUACAAAUCGCAAUGCGAGGUGUGGCGCUUCUGAAAGUGGGUGGCAGGUUGGUGUAUUCAACAUGUUCCCUCAAUCCGGUAGAAGAUGAGGCUGUGGUCGGUGAGAUGCUGCGACAAGCCGGCGGUAGUUUAGAACUUCUUGACGUAUCAGAUGAGCUUCCUGGGCUAAAAUGCCGGCCAGGGUUGAAAUCUUGGAUGGUCCGAGACAAACGAAGGUGGCUGUGCUCGGCGUCCGACGUUGACCGGCACCGGGCAGGAGUAAUAGUUCCUAGCAUGUUCCCUUCCGGGAAGGGUUGGGAUCAGUCUUCUCCGGAAGAAUCGGAGAACUUGGUUGUAAUCUCCGAAGCAGCUGGAGAAGUAGUAGAAGGAGAACCUGGAGAAGCUAAAGACAAGGAGGAGGAAGUAGAGGAUGUCGAAGACGAAGUUGCAGCUGAACCUGAAGUUGCAAGUCUCCCGCUUGAGCGAUGCAUGCGCAUUCUUCCGCAUGAUCAAAAUAGUGGUGGUUUUUUUAUUGCUGUUUUUCAAAAGGUUGCUCCAUUUAAGAUGCAUCCCAAGCUGAAAGAGCAGAAGAAGAUCGAGAAGCGUCAAAGGGGCCAAUCUAAAGAUUCCUCUGAGAAGGUGGAUGAGCCAGUGGAAGUUGUUGAUAGUGCUACGGUCACUGUUUCAAGUUCUUCCCCAGACGCAGGAAAUGAUGCAGGAAUUGACGCUGAAAUGGUGGACCAAGAUCCGUCAGUUUCUGAAUCCUCACCAGUAGUCCCUGUUGAAGAGGGGACUUCACCUGUGGCGAAGGAAGGUGAAAAUAUCGAACAAGGCGGCGGAAUCAAGGAUGAGAUUAUGGGGAGCACUGUGGAUGAACCCGAGGCUCUGAAUGGGAGCGAGGACAAAAGACGUGAAGAGAAAAGGGUCCAGCAACAGGGUAGAUGGAAAGGGGUAGAUCCUGUUCUUUUCUUGGAGGAUGAACAGGUCAUUGAGAGCCUUAUUUCUUAUUAUGGAAUCAAGGACUCUUUCCCUUUGCGAGGACACCUCAUAACAAGAAGUGAGGAUGUUUCUCGCUUGAAAAGAAUUUACUAUGUUUCCGUUUCCGCUAGUGACGCCAUCAAACUCAACAACCGCGCAGGAGGUCACUUGAAGAUAACUUCAGCAGGGCUGAAAAUAUUUGAGAGGCAGGCACCAAGGGAGACAGUUGCACAUUGUGCUUUCAGGAUAGCCUCAGAGGGUCUUCCAGUGAUGUUGCCUCACAUGACCAAGCAAAUAGUGCACACAACCAGGGCGGACUUUAAGCUUUUGCUGAACGAGAAGGCUGUUCCAUUUCAUGCAUUCAAUGAACCAGAUUUCAUGAAUGCACUUCAAAGUCUCCUCCCAGGAUGCUGUGUCGUCGUUCUACCGGAAAGAAAUGAGAAAGGAGAGGUAGACUUGACCCGCUCAACUGCGGUUGGAUGUUGGCGAGGAAGGAGUAAUGUAAGUCUUCUCAUAACAAAAGCAGAGGCUGGACAAAUGCUUCAAAGACUUAACCUGGUUGACGAAGAAUCCAAGACCGUAGAAAAAGCACCGGAUGUUAUCCCAGUGGUAGACGAGGAGGAAAAACCAGAAGAGUCAGUGGAACAAAAGCCUUGAAAGUAGAUGCUGCUUAUAGAGCAGACAAGAGAGAGCUGUUGAUUGUAAUAUUCAAUCAUUUUAAUUAUUUCAGCGGCAAAUCGAUUUGAAUUAUUAUCUUGUGAGUCCAGGAAUAGAGCUCACGAUAUCUGGAUGCACAUUCCGUUUUCAUCUGGCGAUACUCACUAAGGUCUAGUGUACAUUACAGUAUCUAGCAAGUACCCAAUCCUGUCCAACACUCAGAUUUAACUUGUGUACGGAAAAU